AUGAUGUUCUUGGUAAUUGCAGUGAUUUCUACCUCUAUAAUUUCUACCUCUUUAUUGCCUAAUGAGUCUUCCCAUAUUCCAUUCUUGAACGAUGAUAAUUUUUUGGACUGGAAGGAUCAAAUCCUUCUAACAUUAGGGUGCAUGGACCUUGAUCUAGCACUCCGUGUGGAUGAACCUCCUGAACCCACGAAUGAGAGUUUCGCUGCAAAAAAGAAUGCUUAUGACAAGUGGGAGCGAUCUAAUCGCUUAAGCCUAAUGCUCAUAAAGUCACAUAUUAGCCAGAGCAUUAGGGGCUCAAUCUCACUAUCUGAUAAGGUCAAGAACUACAUGAGGGCUAUUGAAAAGAAAUUUGUUAGUUCUGACAAGGCAUUGGCAAGCAACCUAAUGAACAAACUAUCAGGCAUGAAGCAUAACAAUUCUAAGAGUGCGUGA